AUGGCCGAUUCAUCGGAAAGAACUGUUCGUGACUGUGAAGCUUAUAUAGCUAAACACGAUAUACAAAAUUUAUUACGCGACUGUAUUGUACAAUUAUGUUUGAAAAAACCUGAGAAUCCUAUUAGUUUUUUAUCUACUUAUUUUGAAAAAUUAGAUACAACAAAAUUAUCCAUGCAACAUCAUACGUCACGUUCUCAACAACAACAAAGUAGUUCAAGAGUAUCUCAUUCACCUGAUCAACAAACAACAAGACCAAAAGGCGCAUCAGCAGUUUCAUCAUCAAGAUCGACAUCAGACUCACAUCAAAAUGGCCAAAAUCCAGAUACUUUGGGAGAUUUAGAUCCUGCUCCCACUGGUAGUCAUGUCAAGGGUCGUGAUCGUCGUGGUGCCGUAUCAGCUGAACCAUUCAAAGAAGAAGAUGCAACAUCAUAUGUUAAAACUGUAAUACCAAAAGAUGAUCAAACACGAGAAGCAUUAUCGAAAGCAAUACAAUCGAAUUUAUUGUUUAGUCAUUUAGAUGAUACUGAAAUAUCAGAUAUAUUUAAUGCUAUGCAACCAUUUAAUUAUAAAGUAGGCGAUACCAUUAUUCAACAAGGUGAAGAAGGCGAUUUUUUUUAUAUUAUUGAUCAAGGUGAAGUAGAUGUUUAUGUUAAUAAUAAAUGUGUUACAACCAUAUCCGAUAGUGGAAGUUUUGGAGAAUUGGCAUUAAUCUAUGGAACACCUCGUGCAGCAACAAUCAAGGCUAAAACAGAAUGUAAACUAUGGGCUAUUGAUAGAAAGACUUAUCGUCGUAUAUUAAUGGGUAGUACAAUUAAAAAACGUAAAAUGUAUGAAGAAUUUUUAUCAAAAGUGAAAAUAUUACAAGAACUAGAUCAAUGGGAACGUUUAACAGUGGCAGAUGCUUUAGAAUCUGUUCAAUUUCACGAUGGCGAGAAUAUAGUUGUACAAGGAGAACCUGGAAAUGACUUUUUCAUUAUCGUUGAAGGUCAAGCAGUUGUUUAUCAAAAACGUUCAGAUGACGAACAACCGGUCGAAGUCAGUAAAUUAGGCCCAUCAGACUUUUUUGGUGAAAUUGCAUUACUUUUUGAUCGUCCACGUGCUGCCACAGUAAAAGCUCGUGGUCCAUUAAAGUGUGUCAAAAUGGAUCGUGGUCGAUUUGAACGAGUAUUGGGACCAAUAUCAGACAUAUUAAAACGAAAUGUUGCUCAAUAUAAUUCAUUUAUUAAUUUAGCCGUUUAA